AUGCUCACGGGAAGCACGGGGGUUCGUGAUGGAGCUCGUGGUGGCCGCUGGCGGCACGAUUCAUGGUGGUUUAGGGACUGGUGGUGCGCGAUGGUGAUUUGGGGGAGGUUAAAGGGAGUAGGGAUGCUGGUGGUUCCGUGGUGCACAACAGGGCGAGGGGAAAGUGGUGACACCAGGGGCUUUUGGGGCUUGCUAGGGUGGAGGCACGGUGGUCGUGAGCUAAGGAUGAGUGGCGGUGAGAUGGGAAUGGGAUCCAGGGAAAGUGCGGUCAAGGCUCGUGGUGACCCGCGGUGGCUAGCGUUCGAGGUGGUGACUGUGGUUGGAGUUAGGCCGUGGUGGCGAAGCCGCGGCGACUCGAGGCGGCUGACCGGGGGAUUUGAGAAGGAAGAUGAUGUGGGAUUGAGGGCUGCUGAUGGUGCGAUUAAGAUGACAGCGAAGGGGAAAGAGAAGGGAUCUUGGAGGAUGAAGGAGAGGUGUGGAGUUGGAUGCAGGGAAAGGGAGAUUGAGAGAGGAAGAGGUGGUCGUGGAGAGGGAGUGAGGGUUGUUGAUGGUGAGAGAGGAUGGGAGUGUGAGGGCAAAUGA